AGUGUGUCGGCGGCGGCGCCAGGGACCGCUCGGUGUGGCGACUGCUCCCGGAGUCGCUGGAGCGACUGAAACCCCCCCCCCCCCCCACAGCCAGCCAUGACAGUCGGGAAGGACGACGCUGCUGUGAAAUGGCUGCGGCCACCAGAGGUCGCCAACGGCGUCUCGGUGCGCCAGGGGGCUGCCGUCGGUCCGACGCCGAUAACAGCUCCGGCGGCGCGGCUGGCGGUCAGUAACCGACGACUGCCUGCGGCGAUGGCCUCCUCCUCAGCGUGUCACCGCGGUCUGCUGGCCGCCGGCGCUGUCACCCUGGUGAUCGGCGUGCUGGCCGUCCUGCUGAACCAGCAGCUGUUCGACGCCAUCCUGGACAAGAAACUGGAGCUGACUCCAGACUCGGACGGCUAUGGAUUCUGGCACACCAUGCCGGUUCCCAUCUUCAUCAAGUUCUACUUCUGGAACGUGACGAACGCGGAAGAUGUGGUCACGAAUCACGCCAAACCCAUCCUGCAGCAGCUCGGCCCCUAUGUCUACACUGAGAAACACCUGAAGGUGAACAUGACGUGGAACGCCAACGACACUAUCACCUACAUGCAGGUGAAGACGUGGCACUUCGAGCCGGACCUGUCGGCAGGACGGCUGGACGACAACAUCACCAGCCUCAACGUGCCGCUGCUGGCGGCGGCAGCGAUGAUCAAGGACAUGGAUUACUUCAUGAAGGUCAUGUUCAACGAGAUGGUCAACAACGUCGACACGCAGCUGUUCAUUACGAAGACGGCCACUCAGCUGCUGUUUGACGGCUACGACGACCCGCUGCUGGACGCUGCCGCCGUCAUCAAGUACCUGGUGAACAUCACAAUUCCGUUCGACAAGUUCGGAUGGUUCUAUAGCAGGAACGGCUCCAACUACUACGACGGCGUGUUCAACAUGGACACGGGCGCCGAGGUCACCCAGCUGGGACGUCUCCACUACUGGAACAACACAGACAAGACGAGCGCGUUCGAGGCGCCCUGCAACAUGAUCAACGGCUCGGCCGGCGAGCUCUUCCACCCGCGCCGACAGCGAGACUACGUCGAAUUCUACUCUACGGACAUCUGCCGCUCUCUGCGAGUUCCCUACAAGGAGGAGAUGUCCAUGUACGGACUGGACGGGUACAGAUUCCAGGCCGAUGAGAUGAUGUUCGCAGCGCCUGAGACGAACCCCGACAACUGGUGCUACUGCAACGGCGAGUGUCCACCCGCAGGUCUGCUGAAUGAGACGCUGUGCCGGUUCGGAGUGCCGGCGUUCGUGUCGUUCCCGCACAUGUUGUACGCUGAUCCGGCGGUACUGGACCAGACGGUCGGCCAGGAACCAAACGAGACGCUGCACAACUUCAAUAUCGACCUGGAGCCGCUGACCGGGGUACCUCUGGCCGUGCGAGCCCGCUUCCAGAUCAACAUGCUGCUGAAGAACAACUCGGAUGUUGAUCUGCUGCACAACGUCUCCAGCGUCUACCUGCCGAUGCUGUGGUUCGAGAACACCGUCGACACGACGCCCGACAUCGCCGACCAGUUCGUCACCAUCGUGCAGACGGUGCCGACCGUCAUGUCGGCCGGCAGCAUAACGCUGGCGGCGCUGGGCGGCGCCCUGCUGCUGGCCGGACUCGUGCUGGUCGUGCUGGCCCGCAGCCGGCGGCCGCAGCCGGGCGAGGAGCCGCUGACGGCCAGCAGCACCACCAGCAGCCUGUCCGUCACCGACCGAUGACCGGUCACCUGAUGACCCCUCGACCUAUGACCGGUCACCCGCCGACCGCCUACUCAGCGGCGCCGAGCGGCCGCGGCCGGCGCGCCCGGGACCACGAGGAUGCCUGCCUGUUAGCUGACCACUGUGCUGACUGAAAGUGACGACGUCACGCUGACGUCAUACUGGAUGAUGUGGGUAUAAUGUCACGUUCCGCUGGGCUGUGAGACAGUGGAACGACGCUCAAACCGGACUCUCAGACGCGUAAUGAAAUCGUUAGAGCAGAUUGCAGCAAAGUGCGUUGGAUGACGCGUGUGCUGUGAUGAUGUGGGGUGUUGAAUGGGUGACGUCACAGGCAUCCUGUUGUUGAUUAGUCUGUUAAUUAUGUCAGCGCGCGACUGUCGCUGUCAUUCCGACAGCCAGUACAAACUGCGUUGAGCACUAUUCUUGGUGCUUCGGUGAACGAACGCCGCGUGACUCUGGGAUCUAGUCAGGCCCACCGCAACAGUGCAGUGGGUCGACUUGCCGCGUCGCCCCGCGGGGGGAGGGCGCUUCCCGUGCAUAUCAUUUCGGAUCAUGUGCUUAGCUGGGGCGAGCGCGAAUGAUCACGACCGAGGGUCGAUAAACAGUAAGGUCAGUUAGGGCGAGCGCCCGGAGGAGGCUGAUGGUCAGCAGUGACCCCUAUUGGGUCAACUGGUCACUAACCGGGGAUCUGGGUGUGUCGCCGAUCGGGAACAGUCGUCAAGUCAGGCGCGGAUACAAGGGGGGGGGGGCCAUGGGGGCCAUGGCCCCCCCCUUGGCCGAUUUUUUUCAAAAAUGAAAUAAAAAGUUAAAAAGUUAAAAAGCUGAAAAGGGGGCCUCCUGAAAAUAAAGUGGCCGAAAUCCGAUGAGUUUUUUUUUAACCUACCCACUUAGUUAUUUCUUAGAAGACUAGCUGAGAAGACUUCUUUGUUAGAAGAUUGGUAAAGCUUUUCAUAACUUGGAGGUCUCUUAUACUCACAGAGAUGACCACUUUUACAGGGCCUCCUAACCUGCACAGAGGGCCUCCAAGCCUGCACAGAUGUUGAGAUGUUGCCUGAACAGCUAGAUAAGCUCAAUAGAUGCAGUUUUUUUGGGGGGGCCCCAACAAGUGGGAAGAUGGGGCCUCCAACAGGUGGGAUUAUGGGGGGGCCUCCUGGUUUCUAAUGGCCCCUCCCUUGGAGAUUUUCUGGAUCCGCCCCUGCGUCAAGUGGCGCAUGAGGCUCUGCGUGCUGUCUAGUGUCUACGUGCGGUGACCUGCGACCCUCUCGCGGGUUCCAGCGGUCAAAGCCGAGGUCCGUUUACGGAGAGACUGGGUAUAUUUCCGACGUCGUUGGCUUCAUUGGAAUGAUCCGCGAGGGUCAGAGAAGCCCCUAUCCAUACCCUAUGUGCAAGUCACGUGACUGGCUGGUGUACAUAUUGCACUUGGCGAUGUUACAUGACAAUCAUAAGCGAACGGGUGAAUGUGUUUAUAUGCGUAUUCUACUCAACAGAAGGUACCAACAAUAAAUAUUUACAACCAAAUGACC